CGUACAUCUCAGGUGGCCAACAUCGCUUGCAACGAUGAGCGCACCUACCCAUGCCAUUAUCGAUAUUGACGUCAUCCUAGAUCGGUCCAACACUCGAGACGUCCUCCGUGCGCUCCUCCACGCCAUCCUCUUUCAUCGCCUCUUCGGGAAUAUAAAGCCACAAACGUUUGAAGUCCUCGAUGUUACAAUCCCCGGCGUAGCCGACCCGGACAUGGAGAAGCUCGUAAACGAGAAGGUCGAGGUGUUCUGGAAAGGUAUGGAGAGCGGCGCCCAUAACAAGCGUGGACAGGUCAGUGUCACAUAUUCCACCAAACAACCGAAGAAAUCGUGGCUAGGGAUAACAUACGAAGAGGAAGUUCCAUGGGAGCAGUGGAACAUCAAUGUCGAGGUCAAACACCCCAAGUCUGAACAAGACCGCCAGACCUAUCUUCGCACUCUUCCCAAUACUCUCACUCGCGCUCUCCAAACAAUGCUCAUUCAUACGUCCUCUGAAGCCGGCCGCGCAGCUGUACCUCCUAUCACGAACUCGAAUAUUUCGCCUUUUCCGAUGAAGAUCACGGUCAAGGUUGGUGGGACGGAAGUUGGGUAGUUCUCGCAAACAUAUUGGUGUAGUGAAUGUAUGUUAU